CGAUAAGGGACCUUGUUUCUUUAAGGGGAGAGGUUAACGAGGAAACUACAACUCCCAGGACGCUCUUUAGCAUCCCAUUUCCCAUGCUUCCUUGCGAAGGAAACGGGCUCCCAAGAAGAGGCUGGUUCUUUCCAUCUCGCUUUGCGCGCUCCGGUUGCUGAUGAUUUUGGAGCGGUGACUUGUCUCUCCCCGCCCCCCGCUGCCCCUUCUUAUUCCUCACCUGUCGCAGCAUCUUGUGUAUCCCUGGCUGGAUUUAUUCCAGAACACUGGAUGGAUCUGAAACCUGGUGGGAGAAGAUGGGAUCAUAGCCAAGAAUGAGGGGGACCGUUUCCAGCGAGAAAUGGAUUGCCGUCAGCAAAGAUCUCAAGGGAUGCGUCUGCAUCCUGUGGAAGAGGCCCCUUGGUCUCCCCUGUGCUCUGAGGAGCAACCCCAAGGCAGGACGAGUCGCACAGAGUGGAGGAACCAACAGUGGUUGAAAAGGAGCUUGCAGCAUGGAGAAGAAUCGGAUGGGGAGAAGGCCUCCAGCAGUAGCUCAGUGGUCUUUAUUGAGGAGCAGGGAGAUGUAUGCCAACAGGGAAACAGUGACAUUGAAUGUGGAUCUGAUGUAGAAGAUGCUGGGGAGGUCUCUGCCCAGGUGGAGUCUACUGUAGGGGAGGAAUCCCUUGGGGAAGACACAGAGGUCGUCACUUCUCCAGAGGGGCCUCUGAGAGGGGAUGGGCUUUCUGCAAAAGACUUUGAGGAAAUUACUCACCGAGGAGAAGGCUGCGAUGAACCUGAGCUGUUCCCUUGUCCAGAGGGUUCUUUAGUAGGUGAGGUCUCUGAGGAGGAGGAAACAGAGGUUCUCUGUUACAUGGGUGGAAGUCCUGUAGAGAAAAUGUCCACUAUGGUGGAUGCUGAGAUGAUUCUUGACCCAGAGGGAUCCAAUGGGGCGGACUCUGAGGAAGUUCCUUGUUGGGGAGGAGCUGCCCUGGGGGAAGCAGACACUGAGGGGGAAGCUGAGGCCAUUGUUUUCCAGGAUAGAUCACCAAUAGAGGAGGGAUCCAGUGGGGAGGAACCUGAAGAAAUCCACUCUCAGCAGGACUGUCUUUCUGGGAAUGGAUCCGAUGAGGAAACAGUUGUUGAGUGGGCCAUGCCUGUGGAGGAUCUGGUUGCCAAGCAACGGCCCUCAAAGCCACGUCACAUCUGCAGUGAAUGUGGCCGUAGCUUGGCCAGUCACUCGGCCCUCGUCCGUCACGGCCUUAUCCACACUGGAGAGCUCCCUUACGCUUGCACAGAGUGUGGGCGCCGCUUCAGGCAGUCUUCGGCCCUUGUCCGCCACCUCAGGGCCCAUCGGGGCGAGCGCCCAUAUGUUUGUGGCGAAUGCGGCAAAGCGUUUGGGGUCAGGUCGGCACUGGUUCGCCACCAGAGGGCCCUGCACACAAGCGAGAGGCCUUAUGUCUGCGGGGAAUGCGGCAAGGCCUACGCAGAUCUUUCUAUCCUGACAAAACACCAGUUGAUCCACAUCAACGGGCGGCCAUUUUCUUGUCCUGACUGUGGCCAGUCCUUUGGUCACCGCACCACCUUGACUCAGCACCGGCGAAUCCACACAGAAGAGCGACCAUACCGCUGUACGGAAUGUGGGCAGACCUUCCGGCAGAACUCUGCCCUGGCUAACCACCGCCAAGUCCAUUCAGGAAAGCGCCCGUUUUCUUGCCAGUACUGUGGCAAAUCCUUUGCUGGUCGGCCUACUCUUGUCCAACAUCUCCGAACCCACACGGGGGAGAAGCCCUACAGUUGUCCCGACUGUGGCCGUCAGUUCAGUACCAGCUCCAACCUCCUGCAGCACCGACGAAACCACCUGGGGGAACGGCCGUUUGCCUGCUCCUUGUGCGGACGCCGCUUUGCCCGGCGGCCUGAUCUGGCCCGGCACUAUGUCACCCAUGCGGAAGGCAGUGUCCGGCCUCACCGCUGUGGGGACUGCGGGCGGCGCUUUGUGGAGCUGGUGGACUUGGAGCAGCACCAAGCCACGCACCGUGGCGAACGGCCCUACGUCUGCAGCUUCUGCGGCAAAUCCUUCACUGAGGCGGGCACGCUGGCCCGACACCGCCGCUCUCACCUUCCGACGGCGGAGCAGGUGUACAGAUGCGAGGAGUGUGGCCAGACCUUUGGGCAGAGCUCUGACCUGCUCGCCCACGGGCGGGUUCACAGUGGCGAACGCCCCUACGCCUGUGCGGACUGUGGGAAGACCUUUGGGCGCAGCUCCAAUCUGUCCCGUCACCAGAGGGUGCACACCCACGAGCGUCCGUACGUCUGUGGGGACUGCGGGAAGAGCUACACCCAAAGCACCCACCUCAUGGAGCAUCAGAGGCAGCACACGGGCGAGCGCCCCUACGAAUGUACGGACUGUGGGCGGUCCUUCGGCAAGAAGGGGCACCUGGACUCCCAUCGGCGCGUCCAUCGCCUCUUGCCAGGGUCCCGUGAAGCUACAGACAAGUCCCUUAUGGAAUGUUCCGACUUGGGCAGUCCACCAGAUGUAUGAAGCCGGUGGGUGGGUGGGUGAAACAAGGCUUACUCUGAGCAUGGCUUAGCCCCUCAACGUGUUUCAAAUGCCACAGUUCUGCCCCUUGUCUAUAUUGUAACGAAAAGAGCACAUGCAGAGUUCUCUUCUGCAAGCAUCCCGCUGUAUUAUCUCAACCACCUCCAUUAUGUCAGAGGUUGGAGGGGAAGCGAUGGCAGGCCAGCAUAAACCCCUGCACCUCUUGUUUUAGAAAACUGAAAUGCUGAGUAAAAGUGCUUUGGAGUUGCCCAAUAUUAACUGGUGGUUGGUGAUGGUGUGAUAUAUAUCUUCAAAGGCGUGGGUAAAGGACAGACCCUGGAAAUCUCUAUUCACACAGCACUGGAUCUUGCUCACCCUCUUCUCACAGAUCUGGGAUUCAAACCCAGUAAUCUUGCCUUGGGGGAUCCACAUAUUACUUAUGUUAAUAUUCUUCCUUCCAUGUUUGGACUCCCAAAGGUGGUGAGUGGUCUCCCAUGCAGACACUGGCCAUACCCAGACCUGCUGAGCUUCAGCAAGGUGGCCACCUCCGAUACCUUCAGACCAGGCCCUGGGAUGCUAUUCUAGUCACCAAAUUCUACUCUCUUCCCAGAGUUUGCUCCCCUUCUGCUGUUCUCAUCCCUAUGGCCUCACCCCCCCCCAAAGUAGAGACAAACCUGUUGUUUUGACUUGCAUUACUACCCUUUGAGAAGUUGGUAUUUAAUUUUGAGUUGUCUGCUGUCUUUGGCAUUUGGAAUCUGACUGCUGUUCUGAGAGGUCAGUCCCUGUGUGUGUUUUUGGAAACCUCUUCUGGCUUGCACUGGUUUGAACUGCUUUGCUUUGAAUUUGCAAAUAAAAUAAUCCCCUUGUUUUAUAUUCAA